AGCAUGGCCAUUCAGCAACCAAAGCCUCCUCCAAAUCAGCAGCUGUAUGAGUUUCUACUGUUUGGCAGUGUGUCUGACAGUGAACUGCCCUCUUUACUGCACCGACUGAGAGGACUGGCUGACUUUGCAACCUGUGGAGGCAUAGCAUUCAUUGACAAGGAGCAAACUUAUAAAAUUGAAAUAGGCAACACUCGUUCUGUCGUUAGAGUUCGACAGUCGCUAGACAAUGCCAAGGCCCCCUUGCAACUCAUAUACACUGGGCAGCUGGACCUGGGUGAUGCUAACAGGCCGGCUGGAGUGAGGAGUUGUGUACACACUGCAUGCAGUAACAACGCCGCAGAAUGCCUCAAGGAAAUGGGAUGCUUUACCACAUGGCAGACCUGCACACUGCUGGAGGCCUCCCUAUACUCAUGAAGGAGCUACUAGACGUAGGGCUCUUACAUGGUGACUGUCUCACAUUGACCGGAAAGACUGUGGCAGAGAAUUUAGCAUCUGUCUCCAAAGCAUCUGAUCUGACACAGGACG